AUGUCUGGCCCGGGCGUUGGUCACGAGUAUCCCCCGCAAGAAGUGUCAUGGCUCAAGCGGGAUGUGCUGCUGUUCGCAGUCAGCAUUGGAGCCACGGUGGACGAACUACACUUUCUUUACGAACUCCAUCCUAACUUUGCCGUCUUUCCCACAUACUCGGUCAUCCUUCCGUUCAAGAAGACGACACAAGAAGUCAUCGACUUCUACGCCUCGCAGGAGAACAACCCGAUCCCAGGCAUACCCAAGCUCGAUCCGAGGCGCGUCGUGGACGGUCAGCGCCUGCUCCAGUUCUUUAAGCCUCUGCCGCCGACUUCGGAGGGCCGCAAAUUCGAGCUGCGGUCUAAGGUGCUAGGGGUGUACGACAAAGGCAAGCCCGGCACGGUGGUGGAAACAGAACAGACCAUCGUGGACAAAGAGACGGGCGAAGUCUACACGCGGGCGGUGGGUAGCGGGUUCUUCGUCGGGCAAGGAGGAUGGGGUGGCCCCAAAGGUCCUGCGACAGUGAACUAUCCUCCUCCUAAGGGUCGAGAAAGUAAUCCAGACAAGGUCAUCGAGACUCAAGUGACAAAUGAGAGCGCACAUCUGUACCGACUCAACGGCGACUAUAAUCCUCUCCAUGCGACGCCGGAACCUGGUUCUAAGAUGGGGUUUGGAGGGGCAAUCAUGCACGGCCUGUUCACCUGGAACACAGCGGCGCAUAUCCUGUUGAAAGAGAUAGGUGGAAGCGAUCCGGCCAAUCUGAAGGAAUUCCAGGCCCGAUUCGCCGCCCCGGUCAAGCCGGGUCAGAAGCUGACCACCAAGAUCUGGAGAACCGGAGAGAUCAAGGAUGGUUGGGAGGAGAUCAGAUUCGUCGUCGAGGUCAAUGGCAAGGUCGUUCUGAGCAAUGGUCGAGCAUUGAUGAAAGUCGUCGGGAGCAAGAGCAAGCUGUGA